AAAACUCCGCCCCCCUUUCACCUCGAUUUUUCCCUUCUCUCUCCCCCCGAUCUGCGGCUCAAGUCUUCGAACUCUCACACCGCCAUCUCAAUACGGCAUUCCCCUCCCUUUUUAAGACAUAUAAAACCUCUACUCCCCGCCAAAACCCCUUUUGAAAGACACCCUUCUCUCCAUUCGUCCUUCACUUCGUCUGCUCCUUCUCUCCCUCGCUAGGGUUUCCCGCCCCAGUCUAUGGGGGACGAAGCGAGGGAGCGUAUCGCUUCCGCUACGCAGGCCGACGCAGCACCGCAUCCUCCGCCAGCGAAGAAACGAAGAGGAAGAGAAGAGGAGCUGCGGAGAGUGGCGCAGAUCAUGAUGGUGCUGUCGGCGAUGGUGGAGAUGAGAGCGGGGAAGGAUCCGACCGCGGCGGAGAAGGCUUUGGCGGCGGAGGCGAGAGAGAGGUUAGCUCGGUUAUGUGAGGAGGUUCGGCCUAAGGACUUGUUCUCCAGUGAGGCCGUCAGGGUCAUGGUUGAGGAUCUGGGGUUGAAUCGAUCGAGGGACCCGGUGCUGGCGUUCCGGCCUAAGAUUUCUAUCGCCGAGAGAGUGCAACAAACCAAGAAAAAGAUGGAAGAGUCACGAGACCAUACAGCUUCUGCUCAUGCUUCUGUACCUCAUUCAGCUAGCUUUGGUCCAAGCUCUGAAUCGCAUGGAUCCCAAAGAUUAAUUGCUAGUAAACCGAGUCCAAUGGUAUUGACAGCUGGAGGUUUUCCCAAUAAUUCAGCUGCACAUAUUCCUGCUCUAGCUUCUUCCUCUAUGAAACAGACACCAAUGAGUGAAGCACAGACUGCUCUUGUAAAAUUAUCUUCCAUAAAAGAUUCAUCUUCAGUUGCAACAUCAAGUGUCGAAGCUGUAAAUCAAAGGCUAGAUGCACGGAUCAAUGGACCAACUUAUUUUACACUUGUUCGACCUACUGCUGCUACCAAUUACCUAAUGGAAAAGCCUUCAGCUUCAGGGAUAUCAACAUCUGCUGCUCUAGCAACACAAAAUCCAGAUGUUAAUUCACAGGGUAAUCAUGAAGUGAAAGCCAUUCAGGCUUCACACCAGAUGAUGAAAGCACAUGAUACAAAAGGUCCUGUGGUUCAUGCAACGCAAGUAAACAUGGUCAUAGGAAAUCAAACUUCACAAGGUUUAACAUUUGUGCAUGUACCUUCUUUUAUCAGCAAUCACAAUGAAAUUGCUAAAAGUGUGAUGGGUGUUGUGCAAACAAAGGUUCCUGAUUGUCCAAACUUACCACUUCCGUCAACUGAAUACAUAACCAAACCUCUUAAUUGCCAAGUAUGUAAGAUAAUUAUUACUGAUGUGGAAAGUUUACUUGUUUGUGAUGCUUGUGAGAAAGGAAUUCACUUGAAGUGCCUUCAAUUGAAUGGCACCAAAAUCAUUCCAAAAGCCGAUUGGCACUGUCCAAAAUGCUUGUCAGCAAACAAUGGCAAGCCAUUUCCACCAAAAUAUGGUCGUGUUACUCGGAAUAUUCCUUCAGUGACGACUACUUCCAGUGGAGGUGGAACCAUAUUGGCAGAGAAGAAUGGGGAAAUUCCAGAAGCCAAGUUUAAAUAUCAGAAGUCAAUGGAAAAUGAGAAUUUGAGCUCAUCCAGUGUUGUCCAAGUGUUAAAUAUGAAUGGGAAGAGAAACGGAGAAGGGAUGUAUUCAGGAACAUCAAUCAGUGACUUGGAGGAAAAAAGUGGGUUGGCAUCUGCCAUACAUGGAGCACAAAUUGGAAUUUCUGAUGGUCAAACUGCAAGAAUCAAAUCACCAGAAACAGAGGGAACGAAACCUGCUUCUGAUUCUCAAUCCAGGAACUUUGAUGAGCUUCCCGAGCAAAGCUCAUUGUUUACAUCUGAGAUGCAGAGAUCUGUCUCUGGAUCUAUGCCAGAUAUAGAACAAGCAAAAUACCUUUGUUCUAACCAAAAACAUGAAACUGUUGUCAAAACUGCUUGUCAGUCUCAGUUAACCAGUGACUUGCGGACUAUUAAAGAAGUAGAUGUUCCAAUUCGUGCUGAAUCUGCAGAUGAUCUAAUGCUAAAACCAAGCAAAAUGGUAACUGAUGAUUUAAAAGAAUUUCCUAAAUCACCAGAAGCAUUUUCAAAUCAAGUGCUAGAAGUCAGUUUAGAGGGUGAACAUGGUUCUCAGAUGAUGUGUGGCCAAAUUCUUCAGAAUGAGAGUGAUUCUGGCAACUCAUUAGUAGAAGAACUGCAAAGAUUAGAUUGGGUUGGUGAUAUCCUUGAGGUUGCGGAGAAUAGAGCUUAUUAUAGGUCUUGUCGCAUUAAUGGCUGUAUCAUCAACCUUCAAGAUAAUGUUAUAGUUUCUACCAACAGCAAGAACUUCUAUCCAGCGAAACUUCUGUCUUUGUGGGAAGACAAUAAAGUUUGUUCAAAGUUAGCCAUUGUGAAUGAGUAUUACUUGCCUGGUAAUCUUCCCGAGGGUGUUGGUCAACCUUCAACUCCUGUGAAAGAUGAGGUGUAUGCUUCAGAUAGAAGAAGCACAAUUUUGGCUUGUUCGAUUUAUGGUUUAUGUGAUGUUCUACCUGAAGACAAAUUUAGGGAGGAAACGGACAGAAGAAAUCUUUUAGCAGACAAGGCUGAUGCCCUACAUUCAGUUUUUAUGUGCAAAUGGAUAUUUGAUGAAUCUAAGCGCAUCUUCCAAAAUUAUGAUCAAUUUUUAUGAUGCUGUGAUUUUAGUUCUGUCCUUCACACUUACCAGACGUGCUAGAUCAAGAAUGAAUAUUUUUAAACUAGGUAUUGAUAUCUUCUUCCUUGAUGCGUCAUUGGAGGUUGACAGCGUCAUGCCCCUCUAUCGUAUUAUUUGGUAGCUCCUUUCUGCAAUCAGAUUCUUUUUACAUCUUUAGGCUCAUAGUAUCAGUAGUACUUCGUGUAAGAUAUCUAAAUCAUUUGGCUUUUAGGUCAACUUUUUGUUAUUUAUCUAUACAUCAAUACACUAAUUUUUCUCCCCACAAUCAAAUUUCGGAAGGGAAAGGCAAACGACCAGUAAUUUGAACUGAAUGAGAGAAACAAAGUUUAGAUGAAGCAAUUUUAUGCUGAUAGGAUAGAUCUGCUCGGUCUUCGAUCUUUAAGCAGUUUAGGUUCCUGUUUUUAUUUUUAUUUUUAUUUUGGAACGGGGUAUCCAUCCGCUGCCACCUCCAAAAGAGUGCUUAGCGGCGUGACUAAUCUUCUUCUGACUUAGAAGAGGCACCCAUUUUAGAAACCUCCUGCCCCGGACUUGAUUGGGCCCCACUUAAGAGGCGCUGUCGCUCUAGUCAGGUUCCUGCUUGAUUGAGGGUUUCAUAAGGCGUGUACUUUGAGUGAGUAGGUUUUAGUCACACUAAUAUGAUGUAUUUAAAAGCUUAUAUAAAACAAAUAGAAACUUAAUUUUACAUUUGUAGGAAAAAUAAUCUGCAUAUUAAA